AUUAUUUUUAUUCGAUUAGUACCCGUUUUAAAAAAUAUUUAAUCAUUCAAUUUUUAUAUAAAAUUCGGUUGAUUAGGAUAAUGUUAUUUGAUUCGGUUAUUUGGUGAGGCACCAUGUCGUCAACCUUCUUCGUUGGGCUUUUAUCAUGAUUCGUAAACUUACUGGGCUUUCGGGCGCAGCCCAGUAGGCCCAUAUAAUGAGUUCAGGUCCUCUGUCCUCAUUCUGUCCGCUCGCCGUCGAUCUUCAUCUUCGACGGGUCACCGCUCGCACAUUUUUUUUUGUUUGUUAGUUUGGUCGUAACUUUUUUUUCUCUCUCUUCGCAAGUUUUCUUCGGAAAUCCAGAUACUUGUUCGUCUCUGUGGUCGGCAACUGGUGGGCAAAUCAGGAUUGAGGUUUCUCCUUCGUAUGUGUUGCUGUGCUGAUUCACUGCAUUGCCUCUCUUAAGCUCGUAUGGCGAAUCUGAGAUGAAGAGUGUGGAGAAAACUUGUUUCAAGAAGCUAGUUUCUCCAUUAUGCGUGGCUCAAAUAUCGACCUGAGAAUACUCGGGACAAUGAUUCGAAAGAGGAUCGAGGAACAAAGGAAGGACCACCCAAUUCUCCACAUGAUUCCCGUUGCGAAAAAGGUCCUUGAAGCUAGAAGAGUUCUUAUCCAAGGCGUCUCUUUGCUUCUUAAAGUUUUCCCCGUCUUGGCGUGCAAAUCAUGCCCUGAAGUGUUUAUCGGCAAUGAGGGUCAUCUGAUUCAAUCAUGCCGUGGCUACUCGGGCUGUGGCGACAACCAGCUUCACGAAUGGGGUCCAGGAUCCAUAAACGAUAUACUGGUCCCGGUGGAAGCCUAUCAUCUUCAAAAAAUGUCUCGAGGUAUUACCAAACACCAUCAGAGGUUUGAUCAUGAUCGUGUUCCUGCCGUUCUGGAACUAUGUUGUCGAGCAUGCGCCAUCCAACACGAAGAAAUCCUCGAACUUUCCAAAACUUCUGAGAAGAACCCGUAUGUUUUCAAUGAAGAUCACCGUACUUUAUCCGGGGAAAAUCUCAGAUACGUCGCUGAGGGAACUGUAAUGGCAUGGGAGACUGUAAGAGCUUGUGUGAAGAAACUAUUGUGGGCAUAUCCCUCGAAAGUGUGCAGGCACUGCUCGGAGGUUCACAUCGGACAUAAUGUUGGCGGUAAAGCUCGGCUAUGCUGUGGAUUGCAAGGAGGAAUACACGUAUGGGAAAAUGCCCAUGUGAACGAUUUGGUACCCGAAAAACUUGUGUGGCACCGAAGACCUCAGGACCCGUCGGUUCUUCUGAACGAGUGUCGGGAAUAUUACGGCCAUGCCCCUGCCGUCGUCAGCCUUUGCAGGCAUGCCGGAGCCGUGGUUCCAUCCAAAUAUUUGAUCAGGAUGAAGCCUAAAGGUUUAUCUCAUCCCUGUCACUAGAGAGUACAGAACGUGAUACAUUACCCAUUGGAGCUGAAUGUAUGUAAUGUAUGGAUGGAUGGAUGGACCGAAUCCUAAUGUUUCUCUAACAAAAAACCAAAGGGGAGCCCACAUGUUUUAAAACUGAAACCCUAAAAUUUUCUUCAGUAUGGUGUUAUAUA